AUGUCGAACCUAAAUCAAGAUAAGCGCGUCAAGGAGCAUUCGGGCGGCAAUGAGUCCACUGAGACAGAAAAUGAGUCUUUGACUACGUCACCAUUUCCCCAGGCUGACCCAUCUUCUGGACCGACCGCCGCCUCCAGCCCAGGGCACGGUGGGCUCGAGGGUGAACGUCAGCGGAUUGAAGAUAGCAUCGCGGACACGAGCAUUGCACGAUCCCCGGCUGCAACAGCGUUCACGCAAGCACACUCCGUUUCUACUACGACACAGCAUAACACUCAGACAAAUUCAGAUGAUACCCAACAAAUUCGGAGGUAUUCAGCUCAAACACUGGCGGAUGAUACGGCCGGGCAACCCCUGCUCCCAGAAGACGACGGGAUGGGGGCGUUGCGAGAACGGAUUCAUGCCAUUCGAGAUUUGGGUUACACUAGCGCUGAGCAAGCUCGCAUGAUCCACGACCUAAUGACAGAGAAGUACAAUUCAUCUCAAGUUGGGUCUGGAGGUCAUCUCUCGCCGAUCACGUCCCCAAGUCUCUCUGUCCGGACCUUGGAACGAGCACAUACUCCAAAUCGGUGGAGCGGCCUGUCUUUCGACCAACCAUCCCUCUCCUCAGCGUCUACAGCUACCUCGGCUCCACAAGACGUAUCUCAGAACCUGACUGCCGAUGAUCUGAAGCCAACUUUUUAUCCCAGAGCGGAGACAGAACCCCAUGUUGAUGACGCCGAAGAUGCUGACGCUGAAGAGCUCGAAGAGUCAUGCCUCGGCUGCGCACAUUAUCAGAGGAACGUCAAACUUCAGUGCUUUGAUUGCAGGAAAUGGUACACUUGUCGAUUUUGCCAUGACGAGGUUGAAGACCACCAUCUCAAUCGUCCGAAAACAGAGAACAUGUUAUGUAUGCUAUGCGGUCAUGCUCAACCAGCUGCCCAAUAUUGUAAGUGGUGCGGUGGGUUAGCGGCGCAGUAUUACUGUGUCGCGUGUAAACUCUGGGACAAUGAUGCUAGUAAAAGCAUCUACCACUGCAACGAUUGUGGCAUUUGCCGUAUUGGCAAAGGGAUAGGCAAAGACUUUUUCCACUGCAAGACCUGCAGUGUCUGUCUUCCUAUAUCGAUCGAAACCACACAUCGGUGCAUCGAGCGUUCAACACAGUGUGAUUGUCCAAUAUGCGGAGAUUACAUGUUUACUUCCCCCGAGACGGUUGUUUUCAUGCGGUGUGGUCACAGCAUUCACCAACGGUGUCUCUCAGAAUACUCAAAGGCAUCGUACCGCUGUCCCAUAUGUAGCAAGACGAUUACGAACAUGGAAGCAACCUUUCGAAAUCUGGAUAGGACCAUUCAAAGCCAGCCGAUGCCGGCUGACUUCAAGGACACUAAAGCUAUCAUAACCUGCAAUGAUUGUGGUACCAAAUCGGUAGUCAAGUACCACUGGCUGGGCUUGAGAUGUGAUAUGUGUGAAUCAUACAACACCACUCAGCUUAGUGUCCGUCAAGGAGACACACUAGGCUCUUCCGAGCACGACCCCGAAGAUGAAUGGUUCCCGGCCUCGAGGUUGAGAUCAUCUUCUCACGAUGAUUCGCUGCUGCCAACCUUAGCUCAAUUACAGAUUGACCCCAGUUCAGCUCCAGGCGCGGGCUCACAUCCACAAUUCAACAUAUCGAGGUCUACUAAUCCACCAAGGCAAUUCUCUUCAUAUAAUCUUACUCGCGGCCGUGCAGUUUCACCCGUGAUUAGCAAUUACUUCGGUAUACCUCCAGACCGCCAGUCACAGAGGUCUACUUCGACAUCAUUUUUCGCCAGUCGAAUGAACGAAGGCGACGACAAUGACGGGGAGCGCGAGCUCAAUAUUUGGGGUACCAGGUUCAAGUAUAGGUAUGGAUUUCUCAGUAGGGGCACGGACCCAGCAGACGACAAUGAGGAGGCCGAGGAGCCAUCAGAAUCCAGCGACUCAGAUAACAAGAAUGACGAGCAAGAGGAUGAAGAAGAGGACGAUGAGGGCAUCGAUAUAUUCGGGCACCGAUGA